GAAGUCAUGCCUCCUCCUAAGAAUCUUCUUCACUUCAUGCCCUUGCCAGGGCAGAAGUUAAAGAGUGUGGUGGUUGCUGAACCGCCGGCCGUGGAUCAGCCGCUGAUCGAGGAAGAUAUCAUCCCUUCUCCCCUUAAACCAUCUGCUGCUUUGGGGAUCGAAAUCCAGGAUAUCACCGAGGUGAUGGAGGCGAUUGAAGCCGAUUUUGUUCCUGGUUCGGAUGUUCCUGAGGUAGCUGGGGAGAAGAAGGAGUCUGCUGAUCUUCCCUUCGAGAGGGAGAAGAGUCCAGACAAGGAGAUGAUAGAUCUCUCGGGCCCCGAAGCUGCGGUCCCCGAGGUUCAGAAGGAGGUUCCCUCUGCUGGAGAGGAGGAGCAGCCCGAGCAAGGUUUGACGAGGAAGAGGCGCCACUCAACUUUGGGUUCUACUUCUACCUCGGCCCUGGAUAGGCUGAUCCAUGCUGAUCCCUGUUCGGAUGUUCCGCUAAAACGGAUCCCCGAAGAAGUAAGGGAGGCGAUGGCUCGAUAUGCCAGGGCUCCGAUUUUGGGAGAGGACCCUUUGGCUCACGUGGGAUCCUUGGUGGGCCCCGAGGCUGCUCGGGAGAAUCUGCUUCGUGCUAACCCGCAGUGGAGGGUUCCUGGGGCCGAAGAGAGGAAUCCGGCAAUGAUGGCCCAGUACUAUCUGAACGAGGCUGUUUUCUGGUCUUCGUUCGCUUCCGAGUGUAGCUCGGUUGAGGAGAAACAACUGAGGAAAUAUCGUGAGGCUUAUGCUCGUGAUAUUCCCAUUUUGGACCAGAAGGCUGGGCAACUCCUCUCCGAACUUACGGAACUCAAGCAGCUGUACCUUCACUAUAGUCGCGAGGCUAGAGAGUCUGCUGAGAAGAUCGGGACCGAGGUUGGCCAGCUCAUCUUCCGAGUUGAAGAGGAUGCUGAGAAGAUCGCUUCCUUUGCUGAGGAGAAGAAGGAUAUGGCCGCUAAGUUCGCUAGCGAACUUGAGGAAAAAGAUAGACUCUUCCAGGAGAUGAAGUCUAAAUUUGAAGCGGCCGACAAGGAGCGUAAAGAGGCGGAGUUAAGGCUCCAUCAUUUUGUCCAGCAUCGGGAGCUGAUCCAGCAGCAAGCUGAUAAGGUGCCUGUCCUUCGGCUGAAGCUUCGGGAAAAAGAUGACUAUAUUCGGAAGCUGGAGCAGGAGCGAGUCAACCUCUACACUGCUGAUCAGUGUAGAGAGCAGUACUGGAACGGCAUCCUGGGUGCUCGGCGCAUGUUUGCGAAGCACAUGCCUCACUUCCCUUGGAACGAGAAAGUUCCUCUAUGGAUGCAGGCCGAGGACCACUUGGUGGAAUGCCAAGCUGAUCGAGAUGAAGCUGAAGCUGAACGCCAAGCUGCUCUUGCAGAGGCUCGGGCCCAGAAGGCAACUUCCGAAGGUGAUACCACUGCUGGGGGUUCUUCGAAGGAUGCUCCCCUAGGGGCCGCUUCUGAGACUCCCAAGAGUUAGGGAUUCGGGCAGUCGUCUUCUUCAGAGUCGGUCGGUUCCAGUUGAGGACUUCCGAAUAUGUGCUUGCUUUUCCCCCUUUUGCCUCGGCGCUGCG